GGGAGGGAGGCGGUGGCGCGGAGAGAGGAGGGGCGCAGCCGCGGAGCCACCAGCCGCCCUGCGCCGCGCUUCUCUCCAGAUACUCUGGGAGCUCCAGCCGCACGGAGCGCACCCCCACUCCUCUGCCCCCAAACUUCAGCUGCAGCUACAUUCCAAGCCAUCUAAUUUAUUCCUCAGGAAAAGAAGCUGAGCCGCGGCGCGGGGAAGGAGUCCGCGGAGGAGUGAAAUAACAGCAGAGCUAGAAAGGGCUCUGGAGAGCAGAUUCCCCCGAGCAACAACUCGGCGUCUGGAGUGCAGAAACCAACAAGUGAGAAGGAACCGCGUUCCCGGGGCGCAGCCGGAGACCUGGGAGCAGGCGCAGGAGGAGGCAGCGAGCGCCCCCGAGCCUCGAGCCGGAGCCUCCUGCUCCGGAUCCCUCUGCGCGGGCUGCGCCUGGUGCUGGGCAAGGGGCUUCGUUUCGCCCUCGUUGCAAGCGGCGGCUCCCAGCCGGUCCUCGGGGAAUAUGCAGCGCGCUUGGAUUCUGCUCACCUUGGGCUUGGUGGCCUGCGUGUCCGCGGAGUCGAGGGCAGAGCUGACGUCUGAUAAAGACAUGUACCUCGACAACAGCUCCAUUGAAGAUGCUUCAGGAGUGUAUCCUAUUGAUGACGAUGACUAUGCUUCUGCAUCGGGCUCAGGAGCCAGUGAGGAUGUGGAGAGUCCCGAGCUGACGACAUCUCGGCCGCUUACAAAGAUCCUGUUCACUAGUGCUGCUCCGAAAGUAGAAACCACCACGCUGAAGAUGCAGAACAAGCUACCUGCUCAGACAAAGUCACCUGAAGAAAAUAAGGACAAAGAUCACCACUCUGACUCAGAAAGAAAAAUGGACCCAGCUGAAGAGGAUACAAAUGUAUAUACUGAGAAGCACCCAGACAAUCUGUUUAAAAGAACAGAAGUCCUGGCAGCUGUCAUUGCUGGUGGAGUGAUAGGCUUUCUCUUUGCCAUUUUCCUUAUCCUGCUGCUGGUGUAUCGCAUGAGAAAGAAGGAUGAAGGAAGUUAUGACCUUGGAGAGCGCAAACCAUCCAGUGCUGCUUAUCAGAAGGCACCUACUAAGGAGUUUUAUGCGUGAAACUCCCACUUAGUGUCUCUAUUUAUGAGAUCACUGAACUUUUAAAAAUAAAGCUUUUGCAUAGAAUAAUGAAGAUCUUUGUUUUUUGUUUUUUCAUUAAAGAGCCAUUCUGGCACUUUAAUGAUAAAAUCCCAUUGUAUUUAAAAACUUUUCAUGUAUUUCUUUAGAACAUAAAAUUAAAACUUAACAUCUGCAGUGUUCUGUGAAUAGCAGUGGCAAAAUAUUAUGUUAUGAAAAUUCUCAAUAUUCAUGGAAUCAGUUUAAACUUUUAUGCGCAAAUAUGAACCGAUUGUUUUUAUUCAAUGGUUCAGAGAUGAAAGCUGUUUAAUUUGUGUCAGCAUGUCUCCAACUGACCUAACCAGGUUGGUCUUAGUUUGUUAAUUUAUCUGUUUUCCCUUCUCCUCUGCUCUCCCUUUGUGUCCCUUGGAAAAGAAAACAAAACUCUAUGCCUUUUGUAGCUGUUACGGUGCAAUUUGUCUUUGGAUAAUUCAGAUAACGGUAAUUUAGUGUAUAUGUGAUUUUCAAAUAUGUAAACUUUAACCUCCACUUUGUAUAAAUUUUUAAGUGUCAGACUAUCCAUUUUACACUUGCUUUGUUUUUCAUUACCUGUAGCUUCAGGCAGAUUUGCAACAGCAAAUUAAUGUGUAAAAUUGGAUUGUUACCAGAAAACUGUUUAGUCAUAUCUAAUCAGAUCUUCUUUUGGGAGGAUUUGAUGUGAGUUAUUGACAAGCCUCAGCAAACCCAAAGAUGCUAACAGUAUUUUGACAAGUUGCUGCAGAUUCCUUUGGCCACUGUAUUUGUUAAUUUCUUGCAAUUUGAAGGUACGAGUAGGGGUUUAAGGAAAAAUCAGUUUUUGUUCUUAAAAAUGCAUUUAAGUUGUAAACGUCUUUUUAAGCCUUUGAAGUGCCUAUGAUUCUAUGUAACUCAUCACAGACUGGUGUUAAUGAGUAUAUAUAACAGUUAAAAAAAAAGUUGGUAUUUUAUAAGCACAGACAAUUCUAAUGGUAACUUUUUUUGUAGACUUACGAAUAGACAUAAAUUGUAAUUUGGGAACAUAAAAACUACUGAAUAAAUCAUGUGGCCUAAUAAUUGAAAAUGUCACGGUUAUAAAUUUUGUACAUUUCGAUCAAAUGUACAUCUCCCCUUUGCCAUUGACUGUCUGCUCUCCAGAAUGACGUGGGCUUGAUUUCUCAGUGUUCCACAGCAUCUGUAAAUCACCACCAAAGAGCUCCUCAUUAAAGGCUGUCACAGCUUCACUUCCGAAUUGGCCAGAGGAAUUCUGAGUGUAUCAUCUUGUGUGUAUUGGGGUGUAGAUAUUGGAAGACUGCCAGGGUGGGAACGGUGACGUUUCCACCCCUUAUCAGAGAGCUGAUGGCAAUAUUGAGACAGAUGCCUGCUCUCACAAACCACUUUUGGGGCUAUCAAUGCCAAUGAACCGAAGGGGGCUUUUCUGACGUCGGUAUCUUAAGAUUUAGAUUUAUAGUUUGAUUUACCUUUGGAACUGUGCUCCAAAUCUCUCCUGAAGCUGAACCCGAAGAGCUAAUAAAUGGAAUACCAUCAUUCACACUGUAGGGAAGGAGAGAAAGGCAGGGAGGCUCUCUGUAGCAAAAGGAGGGCCUCACCACUUAGGGCUGAAAGUGCGGGCAAGCAGUGAUGAGUGAGGGAGACGGAAGGAGGGUCCCCUGCCUGGGUACUGCUUUCUAAUCGAACAUUUCCUUUUUCUAUGUUGCCAUUAAUUUUGUUUUAAAUUAUGAGCUUCCAAAGUAGGAAGAAGACAGCAAAAACAGCGACCUUUGCGAUGUGUAAUUUACUUCAAAUAAAUAUGACUAUUUCAUUUCGAGAACAUCUCCACAGAACUCAUUUCUUUACAAAAAUGUAAAGCAACACCUGGAACAGUGUUUACUUAAAUUUUUAAUGGCCUUAAUUCUCAAAUUCCUGCCCCAUCACUUACAGAACGAAUUUGCUUUGGAGCGAUUAAAAGGAAGUGAUAGCACCUUCUAAAGCUGCCCCACUGUCCCUCAGUUUCAAGGUUAAGAAUCCAGUGAGCAUACCUCUCACAGUACAAAACAUAGUAAAACUCAGUUUGCAGAAUAACAACUGCUUGGAAACUCUAUUCCUGGAAGAGAAAAAUUCUGGCAAAUAUUUUGUCACUGCUGUAAAGCAAAAUAUUUGUUAAAGUGCCAAAAUAAAGUCUGUCAUGCUGAAAGUUUAAAAAAAAAAUCAUUGUAUAGACUGACAUCCAGUUUUCUUCAACUGUAUGUUUUCUGCCUACUUUUAUUAUUUUUUAAUUUUAAGAUGCAAUAAAU